AUGCGUCCUUUUCUGGCCUUAGUUUUUUCAGCCUGGGCAUUCUUACCAGGAGUUCUUGCCCAAGUAAGCAGUGAUCAGAACAACCAGCAAGCAGCAGUUCCACUUCGAACGCAUUCUCUUUCUGUGCCUUUCAUAGAUGAUGACCUCCAGAAUCGCUGGUUUGACUUUGGUGGAAACGCCAUCGUAAACACGAAUCACCACAUUCGACUCACCGGAAAUAGACCUUCCCAAGUUGGUUUCCUCUGGUCCCGACUGCCCGUUACUGCUACAAACUUCGAGAUUGAGUUUGAGUUUAAUGUAGACGGUCCAACAGGUCAUCUUUACGGUGAUGGAUUUGCAUUGUGGCUCACCAAGCAGCGUACAUCGACUGGUCCUGUGUUUGGUUCGGUGAAUCAAUUCGAAGGGCUAGGUGUCUUCUUUGAUACUUAUGAUAAUGAGCGUGCACAUAAACACACAUUUCCUUAUAUUAGCAGCAUGCUUGGUGAUGGUAUUAAAUCUUAUGAUAACGACAAAGAUGGAAGACCGACUGAAUUGGGUGGUUGUGAGGCUGAUUUCAGAGCGAGAGAAAUUCCCACAAAGGCUCGAUUGACUUACUAUAAAGAUAAUUAUCUUCAACUUGAUGUGCAAUGGAGAGAAGAAAAUGUUUGGGAAGAAUGUUUCAAGGUCCACGAUGUUAAGCUUCCUGAUCAGUUUUAUCUCGGAUUCACUGCCCACACUGGUGAAUUAACAGAUAACCACGACAUUGUCUACGUAACCACAAAGACAUUGAUUCCCAAACCCAAGGAGUACAUUCCAGUAAGUCGAAUGAUUUGCAUUGGAAAAGGCAGAAAUAUGUACAAGUUAGGCUUUUUUAUUAACUUUUGUCACUAUAGGCCCCAUCUUCUUCCAAGUCAAAGAAAAAGUCUGGUGGAUUCUUUAUGUUUAUUUUGA